AUGUUUUAUUUCCACUGUCCUCCACAGCUAGAGGGCACGGCACCCUUUGGCAACCACUCUACGGGGGAUUUCGACGAUGGGUUUCUGCGCAGAAAACAGCGCCGGAACCGGACGACCUUCACUCUUCAGCAGCUGGAAGCUCUCGAGGCCGUUUUUGCUCAAACGCACUACCCUGACGUCUUCACCAGAGAAGAGCUAGCCAUGAAAAUAAACCUCACAGAAGCCCGAGUGCAGGUUUGGUUCCAGAACCGAAGGGCCAAAUGGAGGAAAACAGAGAGAGGAGCCUCUGAGCAGGAGCCAGGAGCCAAGGAGCCCAUGGCAGAGGUGACGCCACCGCCCGUGAGAAACAUCAAUUCCCCACCCCCCGGGGACCAGGCCCGGAGCAAGAAGGAGGCCCUGGAGGCCCAGCAGAGCCUGGGGCGAACUGUGGGUCCCACAGGACCUUUCUUUCCCUCCUGCUUGCCGGGGACCCUCCUGAAUACGGCCACAUACGCCCAGGCCCUGUCACAUGUCGCCUCCCUGAAAGGGGGCCCGCUGUGCUCCUGCUGCGUCCCGGACCCCAUGGGGCUCUCCUUCCUCCCCACCUACGGCUGCCAGAGCAACCGCACAGCCAGUGUGGCUGCGCUGCGCAUGAAGGCUCGCGAACACUCGGAGGCCGUCCUGCAGUCAGCCAACCUCCUGGGCUCCAGCAGCAGCAGCCCCAGCCCCGCAGCCAAGCCGGCGCCCCCCGACGGCAGCCAGGACAAGACCCCCCCCACCAAGGACCACAGCGAGGGGGAGAAGAGUGUAUGA